AAUCUUCGCGUCGAAGAAAUUGGACUCUGCAGACGACGUCGUAUCUCAGAAUCUCAACGCAAAAACAUAAACCACUUUGAAAUCGCGAAGAAUCAAAUAAUCUCAACUCUCUCUGAGUCUCCGAUACGAUGGCGAGCGAGAACGAACCAGCGAAGCUCCUCUUGCCGUACCUCCAACGAGCCGAUGAGUUGCAGAAGCACGAGCCUCUCGUUGCCUAUUACUGUCGAUUAUAUGCGAUGGAGCGAGGGUUGAGGAUUCCCCAGAGCGAGCGCACCAAGACUACCAAUUCCCUCCUCGUUUCCCUCAUGAACCAGCUCGAAAAGGACAAGAAAUCACUGAAGUUGGGGCCUGAAGACCACUUACAUCUGGAGGGAUUCGCCUUAAAUGUCUUUGGGAAGGCGGACAAGCAAGACCGUGCCGGACGAUCAGAUUUGAAUACUGCAAAAACAUUUUACGCUGCAAGCAUUUUCUUUGAGAUUCUUAACCAGUUUGGUGUACUUCCGCCUGAUCUUGAGGAGAAGCAGAAGUAUGCAGUUUGGAAAGCAGCAGAUAUAAGGAAAGCUUUGAAAGAAGGAAGGAAGCCCACCCCCGGCCCACCUGCUGGUGAUGAUGAUUUAUCAGUUCCAUCAAAUUCAGUUACUGGUGCAUAUGAACUUGGUCCAAGUGAAACUUCAGUCACCAAUCCUGGACCUGAAUCUGAUCUAUCACCUCAGUUCCACGAUAAAGUUAACAACCAGCAUUCUACACAUAUGCCUCCAUCACCUCAGGUUCAUGAUAAAGACAACCAGCAUUUUUCAAACAUUCCUCCAGCGGGUCAGUUCCAUGAUAAAGACAACCAGCAUUUUUCAAACAUUCCUCCAGCGGGUCAGUUCCAUGAUAAAGACAACCAGCAUUUUUCAAACAUUCCUCCAGCGGGUCAGUUCCAUGAUAAAGACAACCAGCAUUUUUCAAACAUUCCUCCAGCGGGUCAGUUCCAUGAUAAAGACAACCAGCAUUUUUCAAACAUUCCUCCAGCGGGUCAGUUCCCUGAUAAAGACGACCAGCAUUCUACAUAUGUUUCACCGUCACCUCCUUCUUACCCUAAUUCUGGUUAUCCUUCCCAUGAUUUUCAUCCUCCUCCUGCAACAAACAGAUCAGAAAGUCCUACUUACUCUCAGCCAUACAACCAUCAAUCCUACCCACAAGAACCUCAACAACCUCAACAACAUUUGCCUUCUAAUUACUCUUCUCUUGAAACUUCCCCCUCUUACUCAUAUCCUCAUUUUCAAUCUUAUCCCAGUUUUACAGAGAGCAGCCUCCCAGCAGUUCCAUCUCAGUAUCCUUCGUACUAUCAGGGCUCUGAUGCGUCCUACUCUCACCAAUCAGCUCCUCCAGUGACAAACUAUUCAUCCACCGCCCCAUACCGUUCUCCCAGCGCAAAUGGGAGUGUUUCAGAACCGUCCCCUCCUCCUGCUCAAAAAUUUCAAUAUGACAUUAACUAUCUACCAGCACCCGAGAAAAUUGCCGAGGCACACAAAGCUGCAAGAUUUGCAGUAGGGGCGCUGGCAUUUGAUGACGUGACAGUCGCCGUAGACUUCUUGAAGAAAUCACUUGAAUUGCUGACAAAUCCAUCUGCUGGUCAAUGAGUUGCCAAUGUCCCGCAUUGAUGGGAGUCUACAGGUGGUUCUAUCUUUUGUUUUGUUUGUUAUAUUUUGAAUGGUUUGAUUUGUAAAUGUCAUCGGAUCUAUAAAUGAAAUAAUUGGUUUGUUUCCCAGUCCCAAACGUGCCCUCUUAAUGUAAGAAAUAGUAUUAAUUUUCGGACCUAAUGGAAAGUGGAAAUCAGUUCGGAUCCG